UAUGAGGGUAAUUUUCUGUCCCCGAGACGCCGAAGAGUGCCGUGUGUCUGCUAGACGCGGUCUAACCAAUGAAAAUCUUGUGCAUUCUUACUACGCUGUGUAACAACAUUCCUACACACGAGACGUGGGAGUAAGCUACACCAGUGUCUCGUCUUAUCGCCGAGACGGGCUUAGGUAAAAUAGGCAAGUUAUAAGUCAUAGUCAGCCUACCAUUUCAUGUGCAUAUAUUUAAGGUAAUUCAUUGUGUUAAAUUGUAAUAAGACAGCAGUAGUGCCAGUCCGGAUACAUUCUUUUGUGUCAUGUCAAGACAGUCUUCUACUUCUGCUAUUAUUAUACCUGCGUAACCUGAGCAUUGGCCAUACCCGCGCUCCAGUACUAACUGACCAUUGGUGUAUGAUAUGAGACGCUGUGUUUGUAAUGAGAACACCAGGGGUGCUUUAGCAUUGGUCAGUUUGUGUUCACGUGUCACGUAUUUUUAUGUCUGCAAUGCUUUCAAUCAACUGACUUGGGUACUGCCACGCCUACAGUCAUGUCCUGCUGAGCUGAAUUGACAAUCUAUACCCUAUACUAUAGGCCUGCUAUACAAAUCAAUAUCAUAGUCAAUAGAAUAGGCCUACUCAGUUGACGAUAGUCUACUCACCCAGUAUUCCACAGUUAGCCAUCGCCUGUAUUAUAAGUAUAAGUAAAGGCAUAGAUGACAUGCUAACAUCAUGAACAACUAGUAACAAGCGUACUUUUGAAAACUGUUGUUUUUUUUUGUUGUAUUUUUAAAUUUUGUGGGGGGGGGGGGGGGGAAGUUUUGAAGGGAUACAACAGUUAUGAAAUUGUUAAGCCUUGUUCCAAACCAAAUUAAGAUGUCAGCACAAUUUUUUUUUUCAACUAGCCUACUUGCUGUGUAAUACAGAAUUUCUAGUUGUUAACUAUGCCAUAGCCAUAGCACACAUCUGCAUUGGGUGUGUCUAUUAUUGUAUGACCUUUGACCUACAACCAGCAGCAUGUUUAAAAAUAAAUAAGGCCUAUGACUAUAAAGCCAUGGAUAGGUUUAACAUAGACAUAAUAUAUUUAUAACAAACCCAGACCCUGUAGGCUUCUGCUUUUUAUCUAAGCGCUAAAAAAGAGUUGCAAUACUACUACUAAAUACUUCCUAAAAAUCAUAGCAGUAAUUUCCCUUUAAAUUUCAAUUAUUCCUACUGUGUUCCUAAUUAUAAUGACGGAGAGAGUCAGUGUUUCUCAAAUUGUAACAACUUAGCCUUGUCUCUUUUAAUAGAAUGGUUACACUCUGACAGCACUACACCAUAGUAUUGCAUUAUACAAAUAUAAUUCUGAUCAUAAUAGACAUGUACAAAUAUAGAUCUGAUCACAGUAGACAUGUACAAAUUUAGAUCUGAUCACAAUAGACAUGUACGAAUUUAGAUCUGAUCACAAUAGACAUGUACAAAUAGAUCUGAUCACAAUAGACAUGUAUAAAUAUAGAUCUGAUCACAAUAGACAUGUACAAAUAUAGAUCUGAUCUCAAUAAACAUGUACAAAUUUAUAUCUGAUCACAAAAGACACGUACAAAUUUAUAUCUGAUCACAAUAGACAUGUAAACAUUUAGAUCUGAUCUCAAUAGACAUGUACAAAUUUAGAUCUGAUCUCAACAGACAUGUACAAAUUUAGAUCUGAUCACAAUAGACAUGUAAAAAUUUAGAUCUGAUCUCAAUAGACAUGUACAAAUUUAGAUCUGAUCACAAUAGACAUGUACAAAUUUAGAUCUGAUCUCAACAGACAUGUACAAAUUUAGAUCUCAUCACAAUAGACAUGUAAAAAUUUAGAUCUGAUCUCAAUAGACAUGUACAAAUUUAGAUCUGAUCUCAAUAGACAUGUACAAAUUUAUAUUUGAUCACAAAAGACAUGUACAAAUAUAGAUCUGAUCACAAUAGACAUGUACAAAUUUAGAUCUGAUCACAAUAGACAUGUACAAAUUUAGAUCUGAUCACAAAAGACAUGUACAAAUUUAGAUCUGAUCACAAUAGACAUGUAAAAAAUUUAGAUCUGAUCACAAUAGACGUGUGCAAAUUUAGAUCUGAUCACAAUAGACAUGUACAAAUUUAGAUCUGAUCUCAACAGACAUGUACAAAUUUAGAUCUGAUCACAAUAGACAUGUAAAAAUUUAGAUCUGAUCUCAAUAGACAUGUACAAAUUUAGAUCUGAUCACAAUAGACAUGUACAAAUUUAGAUCUGAUCACAAUAGACAUGUACAAAUUUAGAUCUGAUCACAAUAGACAUGUACAAAUUUAGAUCUGAUCACAAAAGACAUGUACAAAUUUAGAUCUGAUCACAAUAGACAUGUAAAAAAUUUAGAUCUGAUCACAAUAGACGUGUGCAAAUUUAGAUCUGAUCACAAUAGACAUGUACAAAUUUAGAUCUGAUCUCAACAGACAUGUACAAAUUUAGAUCUGAUCACAAUAGACAUGUAAAAAUUUAGAUCUGAUCUCAAUAGACAUGUAAAAAUUUAGAUCUGAUCUCAAUAGACAUGUACAAACCUAUAUAUGAUCUCAAUAGACGUGUACAAUUUAGAUCUGAUCUCAAUAGACAUGUACAAAUAUAGAGCUGAUUCCAAUAGACAUGUACAAAUUUGGAUCUGAUCACAAUAGACGUGUACAAAUAACAGUAAGAGUUGGGGAGGUGGUGGAUUUGCAAACACCAUUAAAAUCCACCCCCCUACAAAAUCAACAAACACCUGGGCUGACUUUGUACAGAUGUAUCAGUUGACUGUCUGAUUAAUUCCCUUACUGGGUCUAAUGCUGGCUAGUUGACUGUCUGAUUAAUUCCCUUACUGGGCCUAAUGCUGGCUAGUUGACUGUCUGAUUAAUUCCCUUACUGGGCCUAAUGCUGGCUAGUUGACUGUCUGAUUAAUUUCCUUACUGGGCCUAAUGCUGGCUAGUUGACUGUCUGAUUAAUUCCCUUACUGGGCCUAAUACUGGCUAGUUGACUGUCUGAUUAAUUCCCUUACUGGGCCUAAUGCUGGCUAGUUGACUGUCUGAUUAAUUCCCUUACUGGGCCUAAUGCUGACUAGUUGACUGUCUGAUUAAUUCCCUUACUGGGCCUAAUGCUGGCUAGUUGACUGUCUGAUUAAUUCCCUUACUGGGCCUAAUGCUGGCUAGUUGACUGUCUGAUUAAUUCCCUUACUGGGCCUAAUGCUGGCUAGUUGACUGUCUGAUUAAUUCCCUUACUGGGCCUAAUGCUGGCUAAUUGACUGGCAAGUUGAGGUUGUUUUUUUUUAAUGUGAUAAUUUACUUUGUACAACUACAUGUAAAUAUCUAAAUUUUAUUUGCACACUUACUUAACAUGCCUUCUAUUUAAACAUCAUAAAGACAAACAUUUCUAACAACAUAAAUACACAUGUCUAAAUUCAUAAAGACACACAUUUCUAAACACAAAGAGACCCACAGAAUAUCAUAAUUCAUACUUGCUAUAGUUUACACACAACAGAUUUAAUUGUCAAUACCAUUUUUAUAUUUUAUAACAGAGAACCAGUUGCUCUGGAUAGUUGUUCAGAUAAAUUAAACUAACAGCUGGUAAUCAAUUUAUUACAGAGCAUUGUGGUGCUUUUCUUGUUUAAAAAAUAUGAGUUUAUAUGAGAGGAAUGUGAUGAUUUUAUCCUUAGAUCUUGUUCUACAUUCAGUUUGUACGGCUUAUUUCAUUUUUUAAAAUGAAAACUUGUGUUGUCAGCCUACCCAUAAGCUUGCUUCACACAGUAUUAGAAAUGCUAUCACUUUUUCAACUUAAACCCAGAGGAAAACAUAAAAAUAAAAAACCUAGAUUUUCAAUAUUUUCACUUUAUUUUAGCCUCUGUUUUCUGUCAACACGGUUUGCAUUUUGCUCCUCCUCAAUCUGUUCAGCUCCUUGUUUGACAACAUUUAAGGAGCUUGAUCCGUCUUCAGCGCAUCAUACAGUUUUGUUGAUGAUUGGAGCCUUGAUAUCUCUUGUGCUGUCCAGUUGGUGGUGCCCCCACCCCUUGUGCCAAUGCACCAUUUGGGCCUGGGUCUAUUCUCUCCACACGGCCAAGCCAACAAAGAUGCCUUAAUCUUAGAGUGGAGAACACUGUUACACAUAUUGCUACAUUCCAGGAUCUCAGUUUUGUCCCCUUGUACUGCAAUCAGUUCUGUGGAAUGCUCAGCAGACAUCUAAGGUUGAAGCUUCUGCUUGUGGCUUGAAUAGCUGGUCUUACUGAUGGCAUACAACUUUUGCUAAUGCCCCUAUACCAUAAAUUAAAUAUUCAGCUAUAUUUACUAUUUGUAUAGGUUCAUUGAGUCAGCUCCCCCCCCCCCGCCCCUCCUUUUCCAAGAUCUUUUGUUUUUAAUUCAUUGAAUAGCCAGGAGAAGGGGAAAAGUAAAGAAAAUAUCCCCCCCCCCUCUCUCUCUAAACACAAAUUAUCCAGGUAGAAUCUGAAAGAAACAUUUUUUUUAAAUCUUUAAAAAACAAGCCACUCAAGUUUAAGCCAACUCAGGUUGUAUUUAAUUUUAGCCUGACUCGGGCAAGUUGCUUCCACAUUCAGUGAUUCUCAGAUUUUGAAACUAAAUGUGUUCAGGUUAUAUCCUCAGAUUUAAACCGUGACCAAAACUAUCUCCACCGCCCCCUCGCACUGACCAAUCAGGUCUGAUAGCAGUACAUGUCAAAACUCCUCCACCGUCCCCUCCCACUGACCAAUCAGGUCUGAUAGCAGAACAUGUCAAAACUGCCUCCACCGCCCCCUCCCACUGACCAAUCAGGUCUGAUAGCCCAUGUCAAAACUGUCUCCACCGCCCCCUCGCACACCACGUCUUCAUCAAACCUCCAACUACCAAAAUGCUUUUUGAGAAACAUUGGCAUGUUAAAGGGAGGGAAGCCUUUGUCACUGUUACCUGAUGGGCUUUCCUUUUAUUAUCCUCUCUCAAACAAAUUAUUUUUCUUGCAGAUUUGAGGAUGGGGUGAGGGUAGGUAGUGGAGAAUAUCGUGAUGUUAAUCAGCAUUUGUUGUUGUUGUUUUAAAACACCUUUUGUAAAGACAUCUUGUAGAAAGCCUCUAUGUAAUGUGCAGUCAUUACAGCUGUGUGGCCUCUGUUCUACAGGUCAGUGGUUCCCAAACUUUUAAGUUUGGCGGACCGUUGAACAAGUUUCAAAAUUUUACCAAGGACCGGUGCAUGAUUUAUUUUUAUACUUUUAUUUCUAUUUGACAUUAAAUAUUUAUGUUAUGGGGACCGGUGGGGUUAGGCAUGUGGAUCGGUGAAGGUCCACGGACCGCCAUUUGGGGACCACUGCCUCUACUAUUUGGUAAUGAUAGAAACAUAAAGCUCCGGUGACCUGUUGAAGAUUAAAAACAAACAUUGUCGUCUGUCUUUUGUAUUCACGGACUGUUGAUCUAUUAUCUCUUUGUGUUACCUGACUUUCCAUAGAGGUGUGUUCAUUAUUAAAUUCUAAACUGCCUUAAAAGCUUGACUUCAUGAUGAGCCAUAUUUUAGAAUAACAAACUUCUUUAUACUAUGCAACAAAAUUAAAGGAGAAGCCUUGCAGUGUUAUAGGUCGGUAACAUUGAUACGAAUUAUGGAGUGUUUUAGCAUUGCCGGUUACAGCUGUAUUCAACAUAAAUAGGAUAGGUGAUAGGGAACUGGUCUUCUGCUGGAAUAGGAGAUAGGGAACUGGUCUUCUGCUGGAAUAGGUGAUAGGGAACUGGUCUUCUGCUGGAAUAGGUGAUAGGGAACUGGUCUUCUGCUGGAAUAGGAGAUAGAGAACUGGUCUUCUGCUGGAAUAGGUGAUAGGGAACUGGUCUUCUGCUGGAAUAGGUGAUAGGGAACUGGUCUUCUGCUGGAAUAGGUGAUAGGGAACUGGUCUUCUGCUGGAAUAGGUGAUAGGGAACUGGUCUUCUGCUGGAAUAGGUGAUAGGGAAUGGUGAGAGGGAACUGGUCUUCUGGUAGAAUAGGUGAUAGGGAUCUGGUCUUCUGCUGGAAUAGGUGAUAGGGAACUGGUCUUCUGCUGGAAUAGGUGAUAGGGAACUGGUCUUCUGCUGGAAUAGAUGAUAGGGAACUGGUCUUCUGGUGGAAUAGAUGAUAGGCGCAAUGUUCUGCUGGAAUAGGUGAUAGGGAACUGGUCUUCUGCUGGAAUAGAUGAUAGGGAACUGGUCUUCUGCUGGAAUAGAUGAUAGGGAACUGGUCUUCUGCUGGAAUAGAUGAUGGGGAACUGGUCUUCUGCUGGAAUAGAUGAUAGGGAACUGGUCUUCUGCUGGAAUAGGUGAUAGGCGCACAGGUCUGUUGGAAUAGGUGAUAGGGAACUGGUCUUCUGCUGGAAUAGGUGAUAGGCGCACAGGUCUGUUGGAAUAGGUGAUAGGCGCACAGGUCUGUUGGAAUAGGUACAAUGGUCUGAUAUUUGAAAUAAACUUUAGUGAAAAUAUAUUCUAAAUGUUGAUCAUCCCAUUAAAAAUAACUGUUAUGUACACUGUAAGAUGGCAAUAUAAUUUAUAAUAAUUUAUCAUGUUCUCUCUCAUGUCAUUUUAUUUUUUCACCUAAUAUUUUCAAGUUAGCUCAAUUAUCAAUUUCUGAAACAUAAAAACAUGAUACUGGAAACUUAUGUAAAACAGAUUAUUUGACCGAUAAGUAGGUCACAUUAUGAAUCUAGUAAAGUGGGUCAUAUUAUGAAUCUAGUAAAUUAGGUCACAUUAUGAAACUGGUAAAGUAGGUCAUAACAUGAAUUUGGUAAUAGGUUACUAGUUUGUCACAAUACAGCCAUGAUAAAUUAAGUCGCAUUAUAAAUCUGGUGAAGUAAUUCAUAACAUGAAUGUGUUAAUAUGUUACUAGUUUGUCACAAUAAGGCCAUGAUAAAGUAGGUCACAUUUUGGCAACUUCAAAUGAAAGAUUGUUUAAAAAAUUUUAAAGAUUGUGGGGGGUGUUGUUAAGCCUCUCUUUUUUUACUAACAUCACAACAGAAGUAUUGUGUUUAGAUAAAGCAUACCAUUGUUGUAUUUGUAUGCUACCAAAACCACAUUAAAAAUCAUCCUGUUGAAUUAAGCUGAGAAUUAAUCUAGAAAUAGCACAAUAGCACCGAUCAUUUUAAUGGUCUACAUCAGCUGGACUUUUUAUUAAAUCUAAGAAGUGAGAUUGUAACUUUUGUUGAUUUUUAUAGCCAUUUGCUUAAAGAGUUAUUUCUAUUUGUUCUUUCCGCAAGAUUUAUAUAUAUAUAUGUGCUAUAUGUGCUAUAUAUGUGCUAUAUAUGUGCUAUAUAUGUGCUAUAUAUGUGCUAUAUAUGUGCUAUAUAUGUGCUAUAUAUGUGCUAUAUAUGUGCUAUAUAUGUGCUAUAUAUGUGCUAUAUAUGUGCUAUAUAUAUAUAUAUAAAAGUUUUUCAAAAGCUUUUUUAAAAAAGUAUUCUUUAAGUUCCUAUUUAUAUAUGUAUAAAUAUUUAUCCAUAUCAUUAAAUUGGUGAGCAUGCAGCACAUGUUGUUUGGUUACAUGACUCAUUCUUUAACAAUUGAUAAAUUCAAGCACCAGUACAGCAGUUCUAAUGUUAUACAUUAACAUUAGACAAUGGGACCAGUGUUGUUUGAGUUUGAGCUAAUUAAAACGUUGAAGACUUUAUUGUUAAUUAUUUUUUGUGUCUCCUACCAAGUUUCAAAUGAAAUUUAUUGGAUAUUUCCAUUCAAAGUUUUAGGAUUCACUGAAACUGGGACAAACUAGAUCAGUAGGACUACCUAGAUAAAAAAUGACUAACAACUAGGUCAAUAGAACUAACAACUAGAUCAAUAGAACUAACAAUUAGGUCAAUAGAACUAACAACUAAAUCUAGAAGUGGGAAUGGAGUUUAAGUGAUACGCCUCCAUCCCUCCUUGACGGGUUUCAAUUUUAUUUAGAUUUAUAAAAAAACUUUAUCCAUUUGUUCUUAUUUUGCAAGAUUAUCAUCGUUGUUGCAACCUCAAAUAAGAUCAUCAAGUGUAUUGAUAAGUUGUACAUUAAUCAGUUAUUUGUUACAUUUUGAUCUGCACUACGUAGAAUUAGAUUGAUAUGUUACAGUAAUAAGUAUGUUUCAAACCUGAUAGCGUUAUCAUUUGCCUUGCUACCACAUGUAAUGUAUUAUUGUUUUAGGUAGCAACACAAGCACACACCACACAGAGCCAUCACACACCCACACAAAGCCAUCACACACCCACACAGAGCCAUCACACACCCACUUAGAGCCAUCACACACCCACACAGAGCCAUCACACACCCACACAGAGCCAUCAAUGUCAGUCUUUUCUGUGCAUGAAAACCAUCUUAGCUGUAUAAACCAUUUCCUUGGAGCAGUCAGUUUUCACUUAGACUAAUCAAUGGAUCUAAUAUAAUUGCUUAGAUAUUGUAGUACUUGGCAGUAAUAAUUUAAUUCAAGACAUUGAUUACAGAUGAAGGCCAUGAUCUAUGCCAGGGCUCCACAUCUGUUCUCAGACUAAAGUUAUUUACUUCACAGCUGUUCCCUGAUCUUAGACUUGGUUACCUUACUGAAAUUGAUAAUUGAUAGAUUUUUUGUAUAAGCUAGUUGGGGGUAGUGGAGCCAAUAAUCUCAUGGGAUUGGGGGAGUAAUGGGCUGUAGGAAUGUUUUAACUCUUCAUGCAGACUGGAGGUGUGGUAUGCAAUAAGUUCAUGGGAUUGGGGGAGUAAUGGGCUGUACAAAUGUUUCGCUCUCCAUGCAGACUGAAGAUGUGGUGUACAAUAGUACAGAUAACAGUAAUUGUAUGUAAAUUAAAAAAUGAGACUCAUUUAUGCUUUGUCUAUUUUUCCUAGGUUUAUUUUCUGUAGUAGUUCACUAGAGAAGCUCAUUCAAGUCAUUUGCUAGCAACGCAUCACUAGAGACGCUCAUUCAAGUCAUUUGCUAGCAACGCAUCACUAGAGACGCUCAUUCAAGUCAUUUGUUAGCAACGCAUCACUAAAAACCUCAUUAGAGUACUUUACGAAUCACAUCAAGAGUUGCUCAUCUCAUCCAUUAUGGUGUUUUUUGAUUCUGUGAAGAAGUACAAAAACCAGGACUACAGCAAAUUGAAGAAGGAAUGUCAGUCCAAAGGAACGCUAUUUAUAGACACAGAAUUCCCACCAGAUGAAAGAUCCCUCUCCAAAACGCCUGGCAAGUUUGGCAAUAUUGUCUGGAAAAGGCCAAAGGUAGAUUUUGUCUCAAGCUGGAUUCUAGGCAAAUAUUUGCACAGUUCACCAGAGACAAAUAAACAAAUUAUUAUUUGUCAUAUUUUAACUGUUUAAAACUCCAUAGAGAAAUGAUUAUGACUCCAUAGAGAAAUGAUUAUGACUCCAAAGAGAAAUGAUUAUGACUCCAUAGAGAAAUGAUUAUGACUCCAAAGAGAAAUGAUUAUGACUCCAUAGAGAAAUGAUUAUGACUCCAAAGAGAAAUGAUUAUGACUCCAUAGAGAAAUGAUUAUGACUCCAAAGAGAAAUGAUUAUGACUCCAAAGAGAAAUGAUUAUGAGAGAAAUGCCAGAUAUAAAAUUCCCCAUAUGACCAGAAACAAUUAAAUACUGAGGCAUCCUUUUCUUCACAGCCUCCACAAUUAUUUCAUAAAUAAACAAACAUUAAGGUUAACCUUUGAACUGGUAGCACCACUGACACUGCUUACUAUGUCAAUUUACUGACACUGAAUGUUUUGUUUUGAAAUGUUUCUGACACAGACUUGUGUGUUAAUACUUGGAGUCUAUCAAAUUUGCCAGGCAUUUUAUUGAUUGACCUGUACAUUGACCUAAGUCCCCACUCACCAAACCAGUUUUUAUCAGACCCAUUGAUCAUUCCAAGCUGCUUAACAGGGGACACAAAUCUCACUUCUAGUAAGGGGACACAAAUCUCAGUUCUAGUAAGGGGACACAAAUCUCAGUUCUAUCAAGCGGACCCAAAUAUCAUUUCUAUCAAGGGGACACAAAUAUCAUUUCUAUCAAGGGGACACAAAUAUCAGUUCUAUCAAGGGGACACAAAUAUCAGUUCUAUCAAGGGGACACAAAUAUCAGUUCUAUCAAGCGGACACAAAUAUCAGUUCUAUCAAGGAGACACAAAUAUCAGUUCUAUCAAGCGGACACAAAUCUCAGUUCUAUCAAGCGGACACAAAUCUCAGUUCUAUCAAGCGGACACAAAUCUCAGUUCUAUCAAGCGGACACAAAUAUCAGUUCUAUCAAGGGGACACAAAUAUCAGUUCUAUCAAGCGGACACAAAUAUCAGUUCUAUCAAGCGGACACAAAUAUCAGUUCUAUCAAGCGGACACAAAUAUCAGUUCUAUCAAGCGGACACAAAUAUCAGUUCUAUCAAGCGGACACAAAUAUCAGUUCUAUCAAGCGGACACAAAUAUCAGUUCUAUCAAGCGGACACAAAUAUCAGUUCUAUCAAGGGGACACAAAUAUCAGUUCUAUCAAGCGGACACAAAUAUCAGUUCUAUCAAGCGGACACAAAUCUCAGUUCUAUCAAGCGGACACAAAUAUCAGUUCUAUCAAGGGGACACAAAUAUCAGUUCUAUCAAGGGGACACAAAUAUCAGUUCUAUCAAGGGGACACAAAUCUCAGUUCUAUCAAGCGGACACAAAUAUCAGUUCUAUCAAGGGGACACAAAUAUCAGUUCUAUCAAGGGAACACAAAUAUCAGUUCUAUCAAGGGGACACAAAUAUCAGUUCUAUCAAGGGGACACAAAUAUCAGUUUUAUCAAGGGGACACAAAUAUCAGUUCUAUCAAGCGGACACAAAUAUCAGUUCUAUCAAGGGGACACAAAUAUCAGUUCUAUCAAGGGGACACAAAUCUCAGUUCUAUCAAGCGGACACAAAUAUCAUUUCUAUCAAGCGGACACAAAUCUCAGUUCUAUCAAGGGGACACAAAUCUCAGUUCUAUCAAGCGGACACAAAUAUCAGUUCUAUCAAGUGGACACAAAUAUCAGUUCUAUCAGCCAGACAAAAGUAUGCCGAGGAGUUGCUUUAUUUUCAUAACACAUUGAUGUAUGCAGUAGUUAUAGUUCUUGUCAGAAUAUUAUUUACUGUUGAGAACAAGUUGAACAUGUUAUUUUGCUUACUUAAUGUAAUGAUAAGAAAACAAAUGAACUUGUUAGUUUAUUCAUAUAACACAAAAUGAAUCAAGUCACUGUCCAUCAGCUGUUCAUUAAAACUGUGACAAACAUGUUCUUGUCUACCCAUGAUUCUGAGGCCUCAUGCACUGUCUAUUUCAAGGGAAUAAUGAAAACUUCACUUGAGACAAGAUUAUAAUGACAGGAAGAAUUCAUAUCAUCAUCAAACCUUUCCAAAACAGACAGGCAGGAAAGACAUGUUUAACAAUGUAUUUUUGACUGUUUAUUUCUCAGUGCAGAAGACAUCGCUUAGUAUGUGGAGUAGACAUCAAUUUAACAAGGCUAGGACUUGAUUAGACUGUCCCACUUUCUCUGCUGAGAAAGCCACUGGCCAAAAUAUAGAGAUAAAAUCAGAAUGAUCUAGUAAAGAAAAUCUAGAAAUUGCGUCACCUAAUGGUAUGCUUUAGAACUAAUAGAAAGCAAUCAAAUGUAAACAACCUUAUCCCAAUCAAAUAUAAACAGCCUUAUCCCAAUCAAAUGUAAACAACCUUAUCCCAAUCAAGGGAAGGGAGCGUAAGGAAUGGCACAGCACAUUUACUGGGUGACAUCAAUAUCAGAACAAAUAAGGGGUAGACAAGUGGCAGUGGCUAAAAUUAGGCCGCAAUAUAUGUGUAAACUGAAAUAGAGACAAGCUGAUAUUUUAAAAGAAAUAUUUUUGUACUAGUGACAUUCUCUCCCCUGUCAGACUUACAAGUCAACUAUAUUCUCUCCCUGUCAAACUUAACGAGUCUACUAUUUUCCCCUUUACAGCAAAUCUGUAAUGACCCGAAACUGUUUGUUGAAGGAGCCAGUUCCGGAGAUGUCUCCCAGGGAAAGUUGGGCAACUGCUGGUUUGUUGCUGCGUCGUCUUGUUUGGCUUCCUUCAAAGAAAUUUGGUACAAGGUAGAUAGAAGUCUCUGGGUUACCUCCAAAUAUUUGUUAAGUAUGUGUCUUGGUGUGGUCCUGGUGUGUGUGUUGUUGUGGUCCUGAUGUGUGUGUGUUGUUGUGGUCCUGAUGUUUGUGUUGUUGUGGUCCUGAUGUGUGUGUUGUUCUGGUCCUGAUGUGUGUGUUGUUCUGGUCCUGAUGUGUGUGUUGCUGUGGGUCAUAUAUAUUUAAAUAUAUAUAUAUAUAUAUAUAUAUGUGUGUGUGUGUGUUGUGGUCCUGAUAUAAAUCUGUGAGGGUUUUGUUGUGGUCCUGAUAUAUGUGUGUUGUACCAAGUGACCUAUGUUGUGUAAGUGACCUGUGUUGUACCAAGUGACCUGUGUUGUACCAAGUGACCUGUGUCAUGCUUCUUAGUUAUUGAUUAAGUUGCUGAAAUAAUUUUUUAAAAUGUUGGGUUUACCAGCACCACCUCUUGUUGUAUUACUAUUAUCUGAUGUUAGAAUUAAAAAGAUGCUGUUGAAUUCACAACAAAAUCUAUUGAGAAAAUACCCAAAACUAAAUAUUGUAACCCAAGUCCCAUGUUCAUAUUACACUGACCAAGGGUGUUAGGAUUAGUUAUAUUUAUGUCAAUUCUUUGUAAGUUCCAACAUCAGGAUUUGUUUUUGAAAAAGUAAGCAAGGAUAAAGAUAUGACAUUAUUCACAAACAUUGUUACUUAUUGUUAUCCCUGUAGUAGAAAUUUGAAUUGUUAUCCCUGUAGUAGAAAUUUGAAUCUAAGAUUGACAAAUGACCAAUGUGAAGAGAAAGUUCCCAUGCUUAUCUCCCUUACAGGUGAUACCAGACGCCAAACUCCAGGAGUGGGACCCACAGAAACCAGCCAACUACCAGGGCAUCUUCAAGUUCCAGUUCUGGCGUUACGGAGAGUGGACGGAGGUGGUCAUUGAUGACUUCCUGCCAACUGUCAAUGACCAGCUCGUGUUUAUUCACUCACAAAGUCGAAAUGAGUUCUGGUCUGCACUUUUGGAAAAGGCUUAUGCUAAGUGAGUUUCUAAUCUUGAUAUUUCUUGUUACGGUAACUCCUGACAUUAUCAAAUUGCAGCAGAUGUUUUAAAUAUUUUAUUUGACAUUGCAUAAUUAUGUUAACCUUUUCAAAACCUGUAGCUCACCAAGCUAGUUUUGCCAUUUAAAAUAAUAAAGACUCGCUCUUGAUAAAACAGACCAAGAUGCCAGACCAAAUGAGCUUGCUGCAAGAUGUUUAAUCAUAUUGAACAUCUCGGGAGUAAUCAAUGUUUUAUGAUUGCAUAUUUUCUCAACAUAGUCUUCAUGUGUGGUCAAGUUUUUUGGCAUGUGUGAUCAAGUACUUUGUCAUGUGUGGUCAAGUACUUUGUCAUGUGUGGUCAAGUUUUUUGUCAUGUGUGGUCAAGUACUUUGUCACGUUUGGUUAAGUACUUUGUCAUGUGUGGACAUUUAAGAAUGUACACAACCCAAAUACUAUGCCAUAGUUGAACUGCUUUAGUAGAAAAGUAACUGAUAUCUGUAAUCUCAACAAUACCAGGUUGUUUGGUACUUAUGAGGCUCUUGAUGGGGGUGAGCUCAGCGAGGCCCUGGAAGAUUUUACAGGUGGUGUGUCUGACACCCUGGAUAUGAUCAAGAUGGAAGUGGCCAUCAAACCUGAGGAGAGAGUUGCCUUGUUUGCUCGUAUGCUGAAAGAAAAGGACAGGAAGUCUUUGAUGGCGGCCUCCAUUCCAGUAUGUGAUAUUUAAUAUAGCGGUUUAUGUUGAAAGUACUAGUGUCACAAAAGAAUCAAAGUUUCAAUUUAGGUUUCAAAUUACUUCUGGACUUUAGGAUCACAUUUUAAAAAAAUUAAAUUUGAAUGGAAGCACUACCAUAGAACACAUUUAUUUGAAUGGAAGCACUACCAUAGAACACAUUUAUUUGAAUGGAAGCACUACCAUAGAACACAUUUAUUUGAAUGGAAGCACUAACAUAGAACACAUUUAUUUGAAUGGAAGCACUACCAUAGAACACAUUUAUUUGAAUGGAAGCACUAACAUAGAACACAUUUAUUUGAAUGGAAGCACUAACAUAGAACACAUUUAUUUGAAUGGAAGCACUAACAUAGAACACAUUUAUUUGAAUGGAAGCACUAACAUAGAGCACAUUUAUUUGAAUGGAAGCACUAACAUAGAACAUAUUUAUUUGAAUGGAAGCACUACCAUAGAACAUAUUUAUUUGAAUGGAAGCACUACCAUAGAACAUAUUUAUUUGAAUGGAAGCACUAACAUAGAACACAUUUAUUUGAAUGGAAGCACUAACAUAGAACACAUUAAUGAUAUCAUUGACAUUUAUGAUAUCAUUUAUUUGAUGAUAGUUAGUAGUUAAACAAUAAGAAACCCCAAAAUGACAUUUAAUGUCACUCUGAUGUCCCCUAUCUAGGCCACAUCAGCAGAAGACAUGGAAGCAACUACAGAGAUUGGUCUGGUCAAAGGCCAUGCUUAUGGCAUUACAUCAGUGAAAAAUGUACACCUGGAAGGUUCUGGGCUGUUUGGCUUGUUUAACAGAGAAAAAUUGCCGAUGAUCCGACUGCGCAAUCCGUGGGGUCAAGGAGAAUGGAAGGGGGCCUUCAGUGACGGGUAACAAUAUUUUUUAAAUGUUCUUUUUUUAAAUAGUGCAUCUAUUUUUAUAUAGUAACCUUUCUUGUUUGAUAUAGAACCAUUCUUGUUUUUAUACAGUACCAAUCUUGUUUGAUAUAGAACCAUUCUUGUUUUUAUACAGUACCAAUCUUGUUGGAUAUAGAACCAUUCUUGUUUUUAUACAGUACCAAUCUUGUUUGAUAUAGAACCAUUCUUGUUUUUAUACAGUACCAAUCUUGUUUGAUAUAGAACCAUUCUUGUUUUUAUACAGUACCAAUCUUGUUUGAUAUAGAACCAUUCUUGUUUUUAUACAGUACCAAUCUUGUUUGAUAUAGAACCAUUCUUGUUUUUAUACAGUACCAAUCUUGUUUGAUAUAGAACCAUUCUUGUUUUUAUACAGUACCAAUCUUGUUUGAUAUAGAACCAUUAUUUUUUCUUUAAAUUUUAUAAGCAAUUUGGUUCUUGAUUGUUCUACUUAAAUAAAAUAUUAAUGUAUACAGUAUAACAAGGGACAGUUAAUUUCACCAGGUCCACAGAAUGGAAUAAAAUCAGCUCCUCUGACAGACAGAAAAUUGGGCUGACAUUCGAAGAAGACGGAGAAUUCUGGUGAGUCUUAGAAACUCAUCCUUUCUUUGUUUAAUUGUUUCUUUUGUCACAUAUUGUGGGGGACUUCUCAUUUGUAUCUCAUUCUUAAGUAUUAUAUUAUAAUGUCUGUUUGAGUUUUUGUCUCCAUGUUUGGUCAUUAGUGUAUGUCAACUGUGGACCUAAGGAAUUGACCAAAUUAGUCUGCCCCUUGAUCUUCUUAAAUUAUUUGCACAUAGAAAACAAGCAUUGGUCAUAAAUGAUUCCUUUGUUAGAAGAUCCAUUUAAAUGUUUACAUAUUUUUAUGACUGCUUGACUGACAUAUUUGCAUGACUGACAUACUUUCAUGACUGUGAGACUGACAGCUUCCAGCUAUAGCUUGUCAUAUUUAAGGUGCAAUGGGAGUUUAUUUUGUUCCUAACUUUUGAAAUUUUCUAUUAGGAUGACGUUUGAGGACUACUGUAAAUAUUUUAUUCAGACUUGCAUCUGUCGUGUGGUGAACACUUCCUAUCUCAGUCUCUCAAAGACAUGGCAUGAAGGGCUCUCACACGGAGCAUGGAAGCUGCCAGACCGGGCAGGGGGCUGUCCGAACAAUAAAGACACCUUCUUAAAAAAUCCACAAGUGGGGAAUAUUUAAUAAUUUCUUGGUAGUGUAAACAUGAAAUAAAGUUUUCUGUUAACUCUUUUACACACACACAUUAAAAGUUAAUGUUAUUUGAAGUUUUUUUGUUGUUUUUUUUUAUUGCACUUGCUUGUUACAAUUUUAGUUCAUGUUUGACAUUGGUGAAGACGGAGACGAGUGCAUGGUACAGUUGAUGCAGAAAGCCAGCAGAGACAAAGAGAAUGUAACAAUUGGGUUCACAAUUCUGAAGGUGAGUGAUCGAUGUUUACUGUUUGAAUUCAUUUGAAGCAUUUCUUUGAGCCUUUUUUUUUUUUUUUUUUUUCAAAUUUUUUUUUUUGUUUUUAAAAUGUGGGUUGUUAAAUCAAAAUUUUUUUUAAAAUUUUUUUCAGCCCAAAAAAUAUAUUUUUCUAUUUAUUUGUUUUUUUUUUUUAAAUUUUUUUUUUUUUUUUUUUUUUUUUUUUUUUUUUUGUGUACAAAUUAUGUUAUAUGUCUAGAAAAUGUGGAUAGUCAACUCAAAAUGUUACUGAAAUUUUCUCUCAGCCAAAAACAUAUAUUUUGCUAUUAAUUGGUUUUUUUUUUACAAUUUUUGAAACGGCUCCAAUUUAUGGAGCCAUGGAGAAAACUGUCUACCCCCCUGUUGUCUUUAGAACAUUUCAUGCAUGGCGUUCAUCUGUGCAUUCAUCUGUGCAUUCAUCUGUGCAUUCAUUUGUGCAUUCAUUUGUACAACCUUAACAAUUUUUUUAAAAUUUGCAUUCUAAAAUUAGGUGGAGCUGAACAGAGAGUAUCGCUUACAUGACCUCUUCUUGCAAGAAAAGGUCACCUCCACAGUCUACAGAAACAGUAGAUCAAUAUUUCUACGUCAUGGACCAAUGAAAAAAGGGCGUUAUGUUGUUAUACCUUCAACCUUUGACCCCAAUGUUGAAGCCAACUAUUUGUUCAGAGUUUACACAAGCACUUUCAACAAUUUCAAGUAAAGUUCUAUAUACCACAGCUAGUUCUAUAUACCACAGCUAGUUCUAUAUACCACAGCUAGUUCUAUAUACCACAGCUAGUUCUAUAUACCACAGCUAGUUCUAUAUACCACAGCUAGUUCUAUAUACCACAGCUUUUUCACCUGUUCAAUCUAGCCAAACGGUUUAUAAAAAAUUGAUUUUUCAAUAUUGAAUGAUGCUUUUUAUUUUGUUUUAGGAGAUGUUAUAUUGUGCAUCAGGGGGGUGUGGGGUUGUAGAAAUAAACUUUUUUUGUGAUAAAAUUCUACAUGACUAAAUCUAGAACUUAACCCUCUUGAGACGGCUGGACAGAUAGAUCAGCCCAGAGUAGAAAAAGACAAAAUAAAAGCCUUGAGGUGGCGGGCUGGUCUUUGUACCAACUAAUCAGAUUGCUUCUCUCAUUUCUUACUCAUCUCACCAUUGUGAUGGCCGUUUGCAUUGAUAGUUUACUGUGUUCUGUCAUUUUAUAGCAAUUUUUUUGUAGGUAAUGACUCUUGUAAAUGAUUUAAAAGUAUGUGACCUUGAAAUAUGCCAAAAGGUAGAAGCACCUGCAGUGAAAUAUUUUAUGCAGUUUUUCACAAUGAAUCUCAUUCACAUAUUUGUUAGGACUUAUUUAGGCUUCAGCAAUUCAGCCAGAUUCUGCAAUUAAGACAUGUUUAUUCUAAUUGUAAAGUAAAAAUAGCAUGCAUAAAUUAUGCUAAUCAGGAUGUCUAAUUUGCAUGCAUGAAUUUUGAGAUUUCAAUUGAAGACAUAAAGAUUGUAUUAGUUCAUUCAAUUCGACAUAAAGAUUGUAUUCGUUCAUUCAAUUCCCAAAAAGAAUUGAUCUAGUUUUAAUAUCACCAAUCUUCCUCUCUGAUUGUACAGAGAACUGACAAAGGAGAAGCCAGUGAAAAGUUGGUAUAACUGCUGUGGUAAAGCUCCUGUCAUGGUCACUCAGGUCAAGGUUGUUAAAGCCAGUGGACUAGAGAAACAAGACCGAACAGGGGGUGAGUCAUGAUUCCUUUGGUUGAUCUCUUAGAAAUAACAAGCAUCCAUUUCAUUAGAGCAGCAGCUCUGAACCUUUUUGUGCAAUGGUUAACUUUGUCUGCCUUGGAUACUGUGCAAUGUGUAACUUUGUCUGUUUUACAUACUGUGCUAUGUUUAACUUUGUCUGUUUUACAUACUGUGCAACGGUUAACUUUGUCUGCCUUAGAUACUGUGCAAUGUUUAACUUUGUCUGCCUUACAUACUGUGCAACGGUUAACUUUGUCUGCCUUAGAUACUGUGCAAUGUUUAACUUUGUCUGCCUUAGAUACUGUGCAAUGUUUAACUUUGUCUGUUUUACAUACUGUGCUAUGUUUAACUUUGUCUGUUUUACAUACUGUGCUAUGUUUAACUUUGUCUGCCUUACAUAAACAUGUUAAAAAAACUUCUAUGGAAAUCUUUUAUUUUAAAACAGAUUCAACAAAAACAUAUAUAAACGACUAGUAUUAAAUGAUUAAUAAUAAUAAAGCAAGUACUAAUGAACUGUCUGAUGUGUUAUGACAUAUUUAAGGCCAAAUAAAAAAAAGAACAUUAAUGAAUCAGUCUGUCCCAGGUCCCCGGGGCAAUGGUAAUCUUGUCCAAACAUUUUGAGAAGUACUAUUCUGGAUGACAUCACUUUUAAUUCAGCUGCAAAGCUGAUAUCCCAAUGUUAGAAUUUGGCAUUUAUCAUAAAAUUAUUUUGUUGCCCACCUUUCAGUAUCAUUUGACAGGACUUUUAAAAUAAAAAUAUUUCAAUGUUUCCUCCAGGAGCUGAUCCUUACUGCAUCAUCUCAUGUGAAGGACGGCCAGUGACCACUUCCAGCUGCAAAAACACAACCAGCCCAGAAUGGGAUGUAUCUGCUCUGUUUUACCGGUCUAACCCCACCAAGUCACCCCUGAAGAUACAGAUCUGGAAUAACAACAUCAUCAGAGAUGAAUUCAUGGGACAGCACAUCUUCUUGUCAGCGGAUGAGUGCAAGAGCCAGAGUUUUGAGGUUGGCCUGUUUGGGCGUGCAAAGAAUGAGGCAACAACAGAAAAGCCAGGGAAAUUGAUAGUGACAAUCACACAAACUCGAGACUUGAUGGCGGUGUAGGCCUGGUUUUAUGAUGUUCAAGAAUUUAUCUGGAGAUUUUACAACUUACGACACGAAAAUUAACCUUUUGCAGGCUUGUGGAAAAUCUUAAUUAAAAUAAGUUUUAAAAAGUUAGAAUAUAAUUUUACUAACACUAAAAUUUUGUGCGUAGUGUGGUGGGAGUUUUGUCAUAAUAUUUUAAUUUUAGAAAAUUAUAAAAGUUUACGCCAUUUCUGAAAUGAUAAUUUAUUUUCUUGUACAAGUCAAUGUUAUGGAAAUUUUAAUGAAAUUAGUUAUUUUUUUAUAAAUCUAUUUCUUGUUAUAUACAAUUCUGCAAUAAUAUUUUAUUAUUAAAUGCUUUUAAAAUGUGAUGAAAUCAUUCACUGGUUUUCAAUUUUUUCAUAAGAUUCAAAUAAGAAGAGUCAAGCCAGCAAGUUUUAAAAAAAAAUAUUUUUAACAUUUUUAAAUGUACUGCCACCAAGCCCGCUAAUAAUAUUACUGGUAUAAAAAAUGAACAGAUUUGACUACUCAACAAAUAGCGCGCCUCCCCCAAAUUGUAUUUUUUAGAACCACACAACAUAUUGCGCCAUCCAUCUUGUUAUUAAUUGUAUAAUAAUAAUCAUAUUUAUGUGGUGGGCUGUGAAGAACUAAACAUUUUAAUUUUAGUUUUUUUCAAGCAAUAUAAAUUCCAUUUAAUUUCUCUAUAAAAUUUUUUACCUUUACAUUGGUUUUUUAUUAAUUUUUUAAAUAUCUUUAUUUACUUGAGAUCUACACUUUACAAUUUUACUUAAAAUCUUAUAUUUUGAAUGAGCUGCAUUUCUUGUCCAUUUCCACAUUAUCUACGUCAGUGGGUACCACAUUAUCUACGUCAGUGGGUACCACAUUUUUAUUGUCCAUUCAACGUCCAGAUCUGAUCUACUUUUCCCAUGUUGGCUAAUGGAUUCCUGUUUUAUUUCUAAUGUGUUUGCCACCAAUUCCCUACUUAUAAUUUGCUCAGAAAUGAUUGCUCCAAAAAUUCUUUUGUUUUUAAUGCAAUUGUGCUUCUUCAUUCAGAUAAAGGGAGCUUUGAUCAAAUGGAAAAAAUAUAUGGAGAGAGAACUUUGUAGAGCACUAAACGCCACAUAGAAUCUUUUAUUUUUAUCACCAAAAUGCCUUGUAACUUGUAGCACCAUAUUAUUAACAUCUAUCUCACACUGUUGAAUUAUUAUGGAAAGGGGUGAAAUUUGGAAAGAGAAAUGUGUAUAAAUGAGAUAUUUGAUCAGAUAACAUUAUUUUCUUUCAUUUAAAUUGAUCAAAUGGUGCUUUAUUUUCUGCUGUUUUUUUAAAACUUAUAUUACAAUGUUAUAUAUUUCAUGUGCACAUUAUAAAAUCUCAGUGAAAUAUCCCUUGUAUUACCUUACUUUGUGUAUUGUACGUGGCUCUAUAUUCAUUAAGGCUUUUACAGUUUUUUUAAUGGAGUGGAUUGUAUAAAUAAGUAUAAGUAAGUAUAAGAAGUUUGAUAUUUUAAGAUGUUUCUUCCAAUUCUAUUUAUUUAUUCAUGUACUUAUGAUAGUGCAGGGGAGGGCAACCUGCAGCCCACAUCCGAUGCAACAUAUAAUAUUGCCAGGAGACCAUCAUGGAACUGGAUUAAUUAUUUUUGUAUAAUGUACAAACUUCCAUGCGGCCCCCCCUGCACAAAAAGCUUGUCCAGCCCAGUAGUAUGUGGUCAAAGCUUUAAAAAUGUCUUUUUAAAUUUUCUUCCCUGUAGCCUUAAAUAUUCAUUUUCAAACUAUACAAAUUAAACUUAUUUGGUGGGAAGGCAAGUACAUUUUAUCAGACUAUUUGAACAUUUAUAUUGAACAUAUUUGUUGUCUAUGCAAUAUUCCUCAGUAGUGGUAGAAAUUUUAAGACUCUUAAACUUUCAGUAGAAUUCAAUGGAGUUUUCUUUGCUUGUCUCAUAAAUACGUUUUAAGUUAGUAGGUACUGUGUUUAUUACUACAUAAUUUGCUACAUUACUUACUAUUACAUUUCAGCAAUUCUUAACAAGUUGGAAAAAGACUGGUCACAAACUAACCUUAAAGUUUUUGCCAGAUCAGAAUUAUUUCUCUGCUGCUGACUGAAAUUAGUCUUUCUCAGGUCUACUUUUUUAUUUAAUAUGAAACAUAUUUAAUUAACACAUAUUUUAAAAUAACUGAAAAGGUUGCUCCGGCAGUUUUACCUCUUUCCUGGUCUGUUCAUUAGGCUAAUCUAACUUUCCUGGUCUGUUCAUUAGGCUAAUCUAACUUUCCUGAUCUGUUCAUUAGGCUAAUCUAAUUUUCAGCAUUUAAAAAUAUUUGGACGAGUUUCUUUUCAGAAUUCCUCAUUUUUAUAUAAAUAUAUUUUAAAUUUCUCCACCAUUGUUUUUGUUCAAUUAAUUUAAUUCAUGGAAGUGUCACAUUUUGUGAAAAUGGUGUGAGUUCUGAAAUGUUGUGCCAGUCAGUUAAGUGCUUCGUUAGUUCUGAAAUGUUGUGCCAGUCAGUUAAGUGCUUCGUUAGUUCUGAAAUGUUGUGCCAGUCAGUUAAGUGCUUCGUUAGUUCUGAAAUGUUGUGCCAAUAAAAAGUUAGUUUGCUAGCCUUAAUAAGUUAAGAGCUUGUUUCCAUCGUAGACAUAUAAGUCAAAUAAAAUUUAAACUUUGAGGGUUUUUCAAUUUACAUACUUAUUAAUAUUAUGGACAGAUGAUGAUCUGGACCUGUGACAUUGUGAUUUGUAAGUGACACCUGGGUUAGAUCAAGACACCCCCCCCCCUCACCUUUUUUAUGCUAGUGCUGCUUUCUUCAGUUCAGUAAAUUAAAUACCUG